GAGACUAGGCCGAACUCGGCGCUCGGGGUUUGGUCCUGGCGCCGCCACCGCCUCCUCCUCCUCCUCCUCCGUGGCAGCUGCUUUGAGAGACGUUUCGUGAGAACGGAGGGGGGGAGGUCAAAGUGGAGAGGCGGAGAAGGCAGCGCACCUGUGAACGCGCGGCCCGGCUACAGGUGUUUCUCAAAAAGAUGAGUAAAAGCUGCAAGUCUGUUCCAGUUUUUAGGGACACUAUGAACGAAGAGCAGUUUGUUAACAUUGAUUUGAAUGAUGAUAAUGUUUGCAGUGUGUGCAAAUUAGGAACAGAAAGGGAGACACUCUCAUUUUGCCAUAUUUGUUUUGAGCUAAACCUUGAAGGUAUACCAAAAUCUGAUCUUCUGCAUACAAGAUCAUUAAGGGGACACAGAGACUGCUUUGAGAAGUUCCAUUUAAUAGCAAAUCAGAGUUGCCCACGGUCAAAACUUUCUAAGAGUACAUAUGCAGAACUGAAAAAUAUCUUGAGCAAAAAAAUUAACUGGAUUAUACAAUAUGCACAAAACAAAGAUUUGGAUUUGGAUACUGAAGAUUCAAAACAAACGGAGCACCGGCUUUUUAGCUUUAGACGUCAGAGAGAGAGAAAGCUACUUCCACAAUUUGAUUCUCAGGUCCCUAAAUAUUCUGCAAAAUGGAUAGAUGGGAACUCUGGGAGUAUCUCAAACUGUUCACAAAAUAUUCUGAAGCCAAGAGAAUCCAGUGAUUUUAAACUUGAUGUACUGCAACAAACGGGUACUGCAUUUUGUUGCGGUAGUUCAUUGUGGUCAAAUCAUAACCAGUCUUCAGAGUCAGAAAAAACUAAAGAGGACUCAGAUACUUCUGUCCAAAGAAGAUAUCCCCAGUACAGCAGGGAGCAAUUGAAUAUGAUGACUCUUGGGGAGGUGGAACAACUGAAUAAGAAGUUUCUCAAGCAAAUACAAGAUGUGUUUGAAGAGCUGACUCAACAAGUACAAGAAAAAGACUCAUUGGCUUCACAACUUAAUGUCCGUCAUAUUGCUAUAGAGCAGUUGCUAAAGAACUGUUCCAAAUUGCCAUGUCUACAGAUGGGACGAGCAGCAAUGAAAUCUAACACAUCCAUAUAGGUGCAGCAAUGCUUGUGUUUCUCACCUUCCUUAAUUUCAUUCUGAUGCAUUUGGAAAAUUCUAAACCUGUAUCAGUUAGAAGGUACAAAGGAUGUUACAUGCAUUAUUUCAUUUUAAACAGUUAAAAGUGUUUGGGGACCAGUUUCGGCUCUGAAAGUCACCUAGUUUCCUAUUAUUAACUGUGUUCUUGUAGUGACCAGUGAGAAAUAUUCCAGUGUUCACUAUUUCAGACUGCCUGUAAAUAACAUUGGAGAUUAACAAGGGAAAUGUUUUUAGGUAUCAAGAAUUGGUGGGGUAAGCAGUAUUCAUGAAACCUACAUUUUUUUAUUUAUUGCAAGCAAUAUUUUAUUACUGAAAUUUUAUAAAAGAAAUGACUAUUUUAGGUACUUUUCAGCAUCUCUUUAUAAAGUUUUGAAUGACAGUAAGUAACAUUUUUGCCUUGUGUAAGUAUUGUUUACUCUUUUUCAGGUCAUUGUACUUAACUUUCAUGAUGAGAAUUGUUUAAAAAUCUUGUUUUCCAAAGACACAGACUCAGUGGCUGUAAUGCAUUACUUCUAGUUUUCAGCAGUGUGGAAUUUUUUUGGCAUGGAUUGUAUCUUAUCAGAAGAAAUUCAAGCACAGCACCUCAUUUUGGAAUGACAGUUCAUGUUAUGUUAACAUAUGCAGAGCUGGAGUUCAGUUUUGUACGUGAAUUUCUAAAUCUUAAUAGAAGUACAUGACUUCAAAGAAAUAAACCUAUAAUACCUCAUGAAA